AACAACGCGCCUACUUCCUUUUUACGCCACCUAACGGUCGGAGACGCUAUUCUACUUUUUUUUUUGAAGAGAUUUACAAUGAGUACGUUUUCUGGAUUUAUGGAUGAGGUGGAUGGCAUUAGCAUCGAUAGAUUUGAGGAACCCAAUUUAUCCUCCACUACGUUCUUCCUUUCGCACGCACAUACAGAUCACAUGAGUGGUCUAACUACGUACGGUAAUUUCCAAAUAUUAGAGCGUCUACCAGAAGAUAAAGUAUUCAUCUAUUCAUCACCUGUCACCACCCAAGUUCUGAAAGAGAUGCACCCACAACACGAAAAUAAAUUUAAACCAUUGGAAAUCGGGAUUUCCCAAAUGAUUGAAAUCCCAUCGACGAAGAAAACCGUGACUGUAACGCUUCUACCAGCAAGUCACUGUCCUGGUUCGGUCAUGUUCUUGUUCGAAGUAAAGAAUAAAACCAUCCUCUAUACCGGUGAUUUUCGUUGGAAAUUGAAUCAGAGCAUACCGAAAGCUCUCUGUUACAGCACGGGAGAAGUGAAGACUAUCGAUAAGAUGUACAUGGACACGACAUUCUUCUUCGAACGUUAUACGAAAUUUCCUUGCAGAGACGACAGCAUCGGAGAGAUCUGCAAGUUGAUCAAGGAUUGGAUCGAAAGAGGCAAACAGUACCAAAUAGUUUUAGCGACGUCUGCCAAAUACGGAUACGAAUGCGUCUUCACCGAUAUUUAUAAGCAAGUCAACAUUCCGAUACACGUGAACCAGUCGCAAUUCGACGUUUACAAAUAUUUUCCGUGCAUGGAUAAGGCUAUUACACUCGAGGCGAGUAACAGCCAAAUCCACUGUCACUGCAACAGUUGGAAAUCGACGUGCGUUAAUGCUGGUAGCCAGUUCGUCAGGCAAAUCAAGAUCUGCGCUUGGAGUUUCAGCAAUUGGCAGAAUAAGAGAACUAUAUCGGACCGUGAUACUCUUCAUAAUAAACAAUAUAAAGUUUGCUACUCGACUCAUUCAUCUUACGAGGAAAUCAACAAUUUCUUGGAUGCCCUCAAGCCGAAGGAAGUCGAACCGAACGUAAUUCCUGAUCGCAAAGAAGAUGCUACAAAAAUGUACAAUAAUAUACGUAGUUAUUUCAAAAGACAUACGACACAAGUGGAACAGUCUCCAACAGAUUUUAAUUUUACAAAUUUUACUUCCGAAUCAACAAAGUCUUGCAUGGAGAAAUCAAAUGUUGAUAAAGAGGAGCAUGCGGACAUUUUUGAUAUUUUAGAUUAGACCCGAUUAGUUAUAGUUAUUUAUAUUAAUUUUAAAAUUAUAUUAUUUUUUAAACCAUUAUACCUGAUCUUAAUAAUAUAAGUUGUAAAUUUACUACAUUGCCGUGGUUGGAAAUUGGUCAUUGUGAAUUAUAUUAUAUUUCUGUCGAUGCGAAUUCUGUAGAGGGUUUUAACAAACAGCUAGAUAAAAGUUAUUGAAGACGAAUAAUUUAUUUCAACUCUUGCGCAUGUCAAUAUUUGUUUAUCAUUUAUCAGAUCAUUGUGGACAUCAAAGCCGCGCCAAAGACAUUUUAACAUUAAAGUG